AUGUAUCUCAAAACCAUUGAUUUCACCUACUCGCUUCCGGCGCCUCUCCAAGAUUCUAUCUAUUUCGGCCCUCUCAAUUCUCAAGACAUGUCCGACUCAAAUACCUACACAUUGGGCCGAAUCGGGCAACAUUCGGUUGUGAUCGCUUGCCUCCCUACAGGACAAUAUGGCAACACCUCAGCCACCACGGUCGCCAAUAAUAUGCUCCGCACAUUCUCAAAAUCACUCCGCGUUGGGUUUAUAGUGGGUGUUGGAGGCGGGAUUACGUCGACUGCUCAUGAUAUACGACUUGGCGAUCUUGUGAUCAGUUGCCCGGGGGGGCUUGGGGGUUUGGUCCAAUAUGACAUGGGAAAAGUUGGCUCGGGUGGUGAAUUUCAUCGAACUGGGUCUUGGGUCUUUGAACAGUCCUCUUAG